AUGGCUUCAACAGUUUUGGUAAUCACAGCUUUUCUCCUUACGUUCAACCUUGUUUUCUUCACUCUCGCAUCCUCCACUAAUACCAUAAAAGGCUGCCCACCUCCACCUUCAAAACCUUCAACACCUCCAAAACCUUCAACCCCUCCCAAAGCUACUUGCCCGAGAGACACUCUCAAAUUGGGUGUGUGUGCUAACCUCCUCAACAAUCUUCUCCCCAUAGUCAUAGGAAAUCGAUCAGAGACACCAUGUUGUUCCCUCAUUUCUGGUCUCGCAGAUCUUGACGCUGCAAUAUGUCUUUGCAAUGCCAUUAAAGCUAAUGUCUUGGGAAUCAACCUCAACGUUCCUGUCUCAUUGAGUGUGUUGCUUAAUUACUGCGAAAAGAAGGCUCUAUCUGGCUUCCAAUGCACCUAG